CGGAGCGCGGUGCAUGAUGGGACACGGGUGUAAUCUCCACCUCACAUCCCUCCAUCAGCCUCCCGCUGACCUCUGACAGCAAACACGGAAGCAGCAUGGCGUCAAACAGCAGCAGCAGCAGCAGCGCGCAGCAGAGACUCCGGAUCAUAGCCGGACAUCUGCAGAAACGAAUAGAAGAUGAACACCCGAGAGUCGCUGCGCAGGAGUGCAAAGCCGAGACGCCCCGAUCCAACCCGAGCAGCACCACACCGGUCCCGAAGAGGAGACAGGAGAUCAUGAAGUGGAAUGGCUGGGGUUACAGUGACUCGAGGUUCCUCUUCAAUAAAAAGGGUCAAGCAGAGUUCACGGGGAAACGGUAUCGGUUGAGUGGGCUGAUUUUACCGAGUCUGAAGGACUGGUUUGAGGGCACGUUUGGAGCCAAUCUGCAGCAUAAAUCUCCUGCGACACCUACCGUGAAUUUGAGUGCAGUUGCUCCUCCGAACCUGAACGAGCCCUUCAUCAAGGAUCUGAAAGCAGCGGCUGUGGCCGUGUCACAUGACCCAGAGGACCGGGUUUUCCGAGCUCAUGGUCACUGCCUGCAUGAGAUCUUUGCCCUGCGCGAGGGGAGGAUAGGACGGGUGCCCGACAUGGUGGUUUGGCCGAGCUGUCAAAGUGAUGUAGAGAAGAUUGUGGAGCUGGCCUGCAAACACAACGUCUGCUUGAUACCCUACGGAGGUGGGACGAGUGUGUCCAGUGCUCUAGAGUGCCCUCAUGAGGAGACUCGCUCUAUUGUCUCUUUGGACACCUCUCAGAUGAACCGAAUAUUGUGGAUUGAUGAGAAGAAUCUAACGGCUCAUGUGGAGGCUGGGAUCAUCGGACAGGAUCUGGAGAGACAGCUGAAUGAGCGUGGUUACUGUACGGGCCACGAGCCGGACUCCAUGGAGUUCAGUUCUCUGGGCGGCUGGGUGGCCACACGGGCGUCAGGCAUGAAGAAAAACAUCUACGGCAACAUUGAGGACCUGGUGGUGCAUAUAAAGAUGGUGACCCCUAGAGGAGUGAUUGAGAAGAGCUGUCUGGGGCCCCGCAUGUCCACCGGCCCCGACAUACAUCACUUCAUCCUGGGCUCAGAGGGGACUCUGGGAGUGGUGACUGAAGUCACAAUGAAGAUUCGACCCAUUCCUGAGUAUCAGAAGUACGGCUCCGUUGUCUUCCCAAACUUCCAGCAGGGCGUGGCGUGCCUGAGAGAGGUGGCCAGACAGAGAUGCGCUCCAGCAUCCAUUCGGCUAAUGGACAACGAGCAGUUUCAGUUUGGUGAGUUUAGUUUUUUCAUUCAUGUUCUGUGGAACAUAAAAGAUAUUUUGAAGAAUCUUUACACCGCUCUUCUACAGUGACCGUUUAGGACAUUG